CGCAACACAGCCCCAAGGACACACUAUGUUCUCUCUCUCUCUUUUUUCUCCUUCCGCGUGUGCCGCGACCACCGCGCGAAAUUCAGUGAGCGGCGCCGCGCUCGUGCACGCGGAUAUGUUGUUGGUUGUAUAGUGCGCGCGCGCGGAGAGACAAUCUGUGCUUCCGCGUUUCUCGCUCGACGAGUAGCCGAGGAUGAGAAGAGCUUCCUUGUAGGUCGAGCUCUCGCGAGUGUAUGUGUUGCUGUAGCGAGAAGCCGCGUGUGUUUAUUGUUCGAGAGCGAGUGCGAAAGGCGAGUUUGCGGAAACUGCAGCGUCGAGUUCUGAUGCGGAGCGUCGGAUAAUGUUUACAUCUGUUGCACCGCUGGGCUGACGUGUUUUGACGCGCUUUUCGUCGGCUGGAUUUUAUACGGCUUAUUCGCGGUCAACCAAAAGAGCCUAUACAUUUCGUUUCUCCGAACGUCUUCUGUAAAUCAGAAAGAAUCUCGAGAAUGAAUUUAACGCAGGUCGGAUUCGUAUACGCCACGAUUCCUAAUGUAACGGCAUCCAAUCCCGCGAAAUGUAUCGUGAAAAAGGUUCCCCAAUGCUCGCGGAUAUUACUCCGAAAAGUUGCGUCAGUUGGGCGCGUGCUUCAAACAAACGGCUCUCCCCCGCGGUCAACGAACCGCCGGCUCGAAACUUUUCCGAUUUCCCCUAAUGACCGGCGCAGGAUCGAUUCCUCUGAAAAUGCGCGCGUCUGCUUCGUUUAGCUCUUAACUUAUUGAGUUAUUGCUGCUUCGUGUGUAUAAACAAUCAAACAAUCCGCGAUACUCUAUUAAUUAUACAUUCAUUCGAGUAUUGCGCUCUUAAUAUCCGGUACGCGCUUGAUGUACAAUGGGCAAAUAGUUGGUUAAUGACCGGCUUUUUCAUAGAAUGCGCGCUAUCAUCGCGUUGGCAUGUCUCACGCAAGGGCAGAGCGUCAUGUAUAUACAUAGUUUCUUGAAAAAAUGCAGCAGCGGCGGCAGCAUCGCGCUGAGAGUAUAGUACGACGACGCAGUGUCUGGAAGUACAGCGUCUCUCUCUCUCUCUCUUCGCUAUUCACGAAAAUUGAAUUACGACAUCCAAUUUUCCGUUUCGCAACCGGCUUAUACACUGACAUAUAUAAUAUUGCGCGGGACAAUAUUGCUGCGCAGUUGCCGGUGUUGCGAUACAGCGCGUAAUUGAAGGAAAACGUCAAAGCGAAGCGUUUUAUCAGAUAUUUGUGCUGCUCAUAGACGAGUCUGUUUUAGCUCAGCGAGACGCGCGCGCGAGAGCUUACUAAGCUAAGGAAUAUUAUUACGCGCGUCUUUUGAAAAGUGUAUCGUCGAGGCCGCCUCGAAGUAUACGCUCCUCUCUGCUCGUUAUCCGCUAAUCAUGCAGACUACAUUUACAUAGAUCUGGAUGCAGCUCGAAUUAGCAAUUCAAAUUUACGCGCGUUUCCGUCUCUCUUUUUUUAUAUUCGAAAAAAAUAAAGAAAAACAAGCGUCAGCUCAUUCUUAGAAGGGCACAACCGCGAGGCUCAUUUUCAACUUAAUGCGACGAAAGAGAGCUAUACGAAUUCGUAUCUAAGUACAGUCGAAAUAGGGUAAACGCUCGAGCUCUGAUGUUAUAGGAGCAAAUGACCGGCUGAGGCCACUGAGAGCGUUAUGUGUGUAACGAGCGGCUCGUGUGACAUUACUAUUAGCUCAAACUAUUUCUUAAUGAUUUUAAACUCGACGUAUUUUGCGCGCGCGAGCGCUCUUUCGUAAUAACGCUUUCAAUAGGCCCGCGCGCGCAAAUUAUGCUUCGAAAAUACCCGGCGAUGACCCGUGCGGACUUUCUAUACACACGAAGAAUUUCCUCGGCGUUACGUAAAAGUCGUAAUCCACGAAUGAGAUAAUUACGUUUCCCACAGAGGCACAACGCCAUAGUACAAGACAAAAAGACCUCCCGAGCAGCAGCAGCACAAGAAGGACGACCGGCAGCGAUACUUACGCAUUAACGACAAGCGCACGUCACUCGCCAUUAACUUUCUCGUUCUAUUAAUCAGCGCCGCGUCUUCUCUCUCGCGACGUCACUCUCUCGAAGGAAAAUUUCGCGUCGCGCUUAAUACGCAGCUUCUCUCUUUGAGCUCUAUACGCCCACACACGCAUACGCGCAGGUGGUUUCGCGCGCGCGCAUUCAAACUUUUCAGAGCAUAAAGAGAGCGCGGGUAAAUUAACGCGCGGCGGGCCCGGCUUUUAUUAUAAUUAUUAUGUUAUGCAAGUUCCGAGCGGCCGAGUUUCAGCUCUCGCGAGAGUGGAGAGUCGGAAGCAGUGUGCGUGAGAGUACACAGAGAGCAGGAGCUGUACGAGCUAUGCAUGUGCGAAGGUGUCGACGACCGAUUCUGUGCGCUCCUUGAUCUUUGACCUCUUGCUCGGAUGCCUGAAUUAUACUGCACCGCUGGCUUUGCUUCGCUGAAUGGCUUUGAUGCGCAUAUGUUUGAAAAAGGAUGGGUUCGCGCUGUAGCAUCAGCGUUGCGAAAAGUAUAUCAGUUUUUAUAAAGCCUGCGUGGGUGGAGAAGCUAAUUUUAAAAAUAGAACUCGAUGGAGCGCAUAAAAUCUGACACUUUGGUUGCAUCGCUAUGCAACUGCCUAUCGAAGAGCAUCGAUAUUCCUUUGAUUGCGCCAUGUAUAAGCUAUACUCUCGACACACGAUCGAGUUUAAUCAGUCGUGAAACAUGAUUCUUUUGUCAGAGAGAGACUCAUGCCAUUCAUCAGCGCAGCUCUGCAGCAAAGCCGCGUCAAAACGAAUCGUUUCGCGCUCGGAGCUCGAUUAGCCCCGAAGGAAGCUUCGUUAACCGCAACGUCGAUCAAAGCUGACCCGAUGAAAAAUAAACCACCUCCUUCCGGCGACUUUCCCGUUCCUCUGGCGAAAUCAGCCCAAAAGCCUAUGUAUUUUCAGAAAAGCCGUUCGAUAUCGUAAAAGGGGAUCGACCCGCGCGUAUACACCGGCGUCUUUUCUCUCCGCUGCAACUGCGCGCGUCGUUUGUGUUCGAACGGAAUGACCGAACGAGACGGAGUUUUUGCUUUAUGUGCAUAGCGAGUUUCGCUGGAAAUGCUCUCCAUCGGAGCUGCCGCCGCUGCAGAAGAAAAGUUGGUUGAUAUUCGAAUGGUAAAAUAUGCGCGUGGAUGAAUAGGCUUGUAUACUACUUGCAGAGACGGGCAUAAAAUAGCGAAUGGAGGUCAAGUGCUUUUCGGCAUAAAAAAAAAAAACGAGGAGAGGAAGGGUGGAGGUGUAUCGAUUCGUCGAAAUGACGGAGGCAAUCGUAGGUAUUAUACGCCGUGAACGUGGCGUAUCGCGAACGAAUCUUUAGUGGGUGCGGGCGUAUUCGUUAUUUGCGCUCUGCUUUUAUAUUCCGACGAGGGAGUUAUGGGCUUCCUGAUGGCUGUAUACGCGAACGCCCGGAUAUAGAGGUCAGGCUGUAAUAACGAUUUUCGUUUUUCGUCUGCGUUAAAAUAGUAGAGAAGGAUAUAGCCUGUUGUUGUUAUUUUCGCGAAGAAAUCUGUGCAGCGCACGCACAGUUCGUUAACUUUUUCCCGCGCGCGCACGUAUGUAAACAGAGGAUAACGAUACAGUACAGAAAAAUGCGCCCAAACGUUAUAGUUGUAUACCGUCUGAUUGUCUGCCCACACUCUUCGCAGUUUCGCUUCCUCGAAGAUAAGAGGCAUAAAAAUACACGCGGGAUAGAUAAAAAUAACGCUUCCCCUGUUGCUUCGUAAAACAAUUUCCAACGCUGCUGUUUUUUUUUCUCUAAUCAAUUUUAACGCGCAUAACUAUAACCGCGUGCUUCGUUAUCCGCAGUAAAUCUCAGCCUCGAUGAGCAGAGCGCAGUAAUGCCCCGCUCGACGUUUAGCAUAUUUCUACCGAAUAAUUUUCGCUCGCGCCCGUGUGUGUGUGUAUCCUGCGGUGAAAGUAACAAAAAGCCAGGCCACUAUCGCGAAUAGAAUAUUUUCUCCUUCGGCUUAUACACUCGCAAACUCCGGAUCCGAUACGUUCUUCGUCGCGCGUGCGCGCGGUGUAUUUUAAAAUAUCGCCUCCUCGACGACAGAGUUAUUCGUCUCUGCGCGGCCGGGCGCAAUUUCGUAAAACAAACGCCGCAGCGCUGCGCGGUGAGCACUUCCUUAUAUGCAGUCGUCGUCGGGCAAAAUUCCCUUCACUUUUCGCAAAAACCACAAGUCCGCGCAUCGGUGUAUGUAAAAGCAUCGUUAAAAAAAAGGAGUUGUAUACACACAGAAUCAUUGAUAAAGAAGGAAAGAGCGAGGCUCUCUCGCUCACGCACUCGACGAUUGUUAUAUUACGAAGCAUACCGGAAGUCGCGCGCCGCUGCAUAUACGCGGCCUGAAACACUCGCUCACGUACAGUAUAAUAUACUUAGUUCGCGGUCUAUCAGUGUGUUAGCGAGUAUACUACGUAUCGCUGUAGAGAGAGAGAGAGAGAGAGAAGGUCUGAGAGAGUAGCUCGCCGAGUCGAAAAAGAGAGAGGGAAGGGAAGUCGAGCGUACGCGCGGCGCGGUAUCACCGUUGCUCUCUUCCACCACCGCCACAUCCCAUUUUCAUCCUGUUUGCUCUCGUUUUUCGCUACUCCGCUCAGUCAUGCUCCCGCCGCUGCAGUUUUAAGUAUAGCGCGAUCAUGUCGCGGUCUCCGAUCCGUCCCCGCUCGAUCUGUGGCGGCCCAGUGCUGUGUGUGUGAGAGAGAAUACAGUGUGUGUUAUAAUCCGUGGGCGAAGAGUACGGCGCAGUGCGCAGGAUCAAGAUGAACGCGUUCAGGUCGAGCGGCAUGUACCAAAUGCGGCUGAGCGGCGAGGAGUCGAGGCGAUCGCGAGCUAGACUGCUGGCUGCGCGCUCGGUCGACUCGUCGUUUUUGCCGCCUAGCAUCGCCGACGAGAGAACUUCCAACGAUCGGCCUGAUCCCGGAUCGAUACCGCAGCAACAGCAGCAGCUGAGCUGCUACGAUUGGAACUGCGAAAUCAGCAUAUCGUCGGCUCGGGCCUCGGUGAUGGUCUACGACGACGUGAACAAGAAAUGGGUACCCUCGGGCAGCUCGUCCGGCCUGUCCAAGGUCCAGCUCUACCACCACCAGGUGAACAACACGUUUCGCGUGGUCGGCCGCAAGCUCCAGGACCACGAGAUAGUCAUGAACUGCGCUAUCCUUCGCGGCCUCAAGUACAACCAAGCAACCGUCACUUUUCACCAGUGGCGCGACAACAAGCAGGUCUACGGGCUGAAUUUCUCCAGCAAGGACGACGCUGACGCCUUCGCCAAGGCGAUGCUACAGGCGCUCGACGUGCUGAGCAAUGGGACGAACAUAUCGAGGAAUCUUGGACCGGCAGUCGCUCCCGUCACUCAGCAGCAGCAGCAGCAACAGCAACAAAUGCCCUAUCAGCAGCAGCAGCAGCAGCUCGUGCAGCAGCAGCCGAACACACAGUACGAGGAAGAUAUGGGAUAUCGGACCAUGACGAGAGAAGACGUCGCUAUCAUUCAGGAACGUAGGAUGUCCCAGCAAAAUCAAGCAAGCAACGGCCUGAACGCGAUCUCACCGAGCUGCCCGUCGAACGCCGUGACCCAGCAGCAGCAACAACAGCAGCAACAACAGCAGCAACAGCAGCAGCAAUCGGGUCAUCACAGAACGUCUUCGGCACCACCGGCGCCAGCGCCUCCGGGCCAGCUACCGGGAAUGCAGCAGCAACUGCCUCCUCAGCAGCAACAGAUGCCCCCAGCACCACCACCCCAGCCACCGGCGGCACCGCCCGCGCCGCCCUGCCCACCCUCGAUGAUGAACUUCCCGGGGGCCAUCGCACAACAUGUUGCGAGCAUUCCCGGCGUCCAGGCCCAGCAGCAGCAGGUGCUCGGCGGAGUGGUGCCGCCGCCGCCUCCGCCCAUGGCGCCACCAAUGCAGGCCGCUGCACCCCCACCGCCACCGCCCCCGCCUGUACCCAACGCGGGUAGCAAUGGCUUGGGCGGUCAGGAUGGACCUCCGCCGCCGCCUGAUGUAAACUCGCUGGCGGCUGCGUUGCAGGCUGCCAAGCUCAAAAAGAAGCAGCAGUCGCAGUCGAUCGAAAACAGUGGUUCGAGCACAAGCAGCAGCGGCAGUGGUGGCGGUAACUACGGCACUCUGGGUCGCAACAGUGGUGGUGGAGGAGGCGACACUGGUGGUGCUGGUCUACCUGCCAUGAUGGUGGAGAUGGCCAAGACGCUGGCUCGCAGACGAGCUGCUGUCGAGAAGCAACAGCCCGAGCAGCCACCCGAACCUGAAAGUUCCCCCGACAAAAAGUCCUGGGACAAGAACAACUCCUCGAUCUCAAACAGCGCUAGCAAUAACAAAUUCUCGAAUGGUGCCGAAUCACCAAAGGCUCAUCGCAAGAGGUUCGGCUCAGCGUCUGAGGAUACUCUCCUCAAAGUAAACGGUGUCAACGAGGGUGCGUCUAUUACUGCACAAGAAAUGGAGACUUUCAAAGCGGAGCUCAUGAAAGAGGUGCGGAAAGAGUUUCAGAAAAUCAAGCAAGAGAUUGUCGAAGCUGUACGGAGUGAAUUGAAUAGAAGAUAAAGGUAAAGGACAUGAAAUUCAAGCGGAUAGAAGUGAAUGGGACGAGCUAGCCAAUGACAGAAAAAUGCGAGAUUUGACUAGAGCUCAAUCGAAGUAUCAUCGACAAGCACAUGCGUGUGUACGCAGGUUUUUAUUACGCAAUUGCGAGUACAGUGUAGUUAUAUCCAUGUAUAUCAGCCAUUUGUGUGUAAGUACGUUAAUCUAGCUUGAUAUAUAGUAUCACGAGAAAGACGGACGCGGGCUCGUUGCAUUUAAGAUAAAAUAGUGAAAAGGACGUUGCCGUCUGAGAUACGGAUUCACAAAGACCGUCUGGGAUUUCCAAUUUUUUAAAUCCAACACUAUUUAUUGCGCGACCACGUUUUAGGGUGUACAUUUUUUACUAAUGUACGCUGCUUCAGAAAAAUGGAAAAAACUUUUUACGAUUUUAACGAAUUGACGUGUGAAAUUCUAAGGACUUUCCAAAAUUAUCUCGUGUGAUUUUUCAGCGACAUGAGAAGUAGUUGGUUCUAAUAAGUGGGCACGUAAAAAUGCGCAACACGCACAAUAUAACGGACAAUCUUAUUGGCGAGGCGAAAUUUGAGAAAACACAUUUACGCUCACUGCCGACUAACGUGUAAAAAAAGACUCACACAGUUGAUGUAGUAACUUGCAAGCCAUGCACUAUAUUCCAGAUUGUUUGUUCUGGGUCAAAACCUUGAAAUUGUCAUUCAAAACAUAUUCACUGUAAUAGCCUACUUAAGCGCUUAAGGGAAGCUAAUGGUUGAUGAAGCUACAAUAUUAACGUGAUCUUUGUACCUUUUUACAAAAUUUUUGAAAUGACUAUUCCAUAUAAAAUCGGUCAAUGGAAACUAAUUGAGCCUGUGAAAGUAUUGUAGACGUGGCUUCUCUUAAAAAAUAAUUAAAAUUGUCGGUUGUAUUUAAGAUAUUUAAAUGAAAGCGUUAAGCUUGAUCUUUGAAUGGCGAGAUUGAGGAUUUUAGAAAGAAAAACGAUCUAACGGGUUCUCAAAUGUGAUUCGUCGGGUUCUUAAAGCCUUUCUUGUAAGAUUAAACCUCUUCUACUUGUAAGCUUGUACAGGGAUUUUUGAAUCUUUUGUCUCCUCGAAUUUGUGGCGUCCAUAACAUUCCGCAAGAUAAAAUUCAUUGCUUUUGAUGACAAAAUGUGCUGGAUAACACAUAUCACGAAUGUACUUCACAUUCCGCGAAAAACGUCAAAAAUCGAUACGUCGACGUCUCUAUGGUUAUAACUUUUUCUUUCAAACCAUUAUUCGUAGUUUAAUUUACCACAACAUGACGUCAAAUUCGUUCUUUUGAGCUUUUUUCGCACUGAUGUUUUUAAGUAUAUACAUACUUUUUAUCAAACUUUUACGCAACGAUAGCCAUGAUUUCGAGGAUCCACGUGUUUGAUGCAUUUUACCCACUUCUCAUUUUUUUUAGUAGAGACACCAAAACGUUUAUUUUAGAUUUUUCAAUCCCUUUAAAUACGAACAACAAUCUUUCAAAAAGUGGAAAUUGUAAUGCGACGACGCGAUAACAAUUUAUGAUUCCAAACGAUGAUUUUUAUACAUGUAAAUCGUUUUACAUAGAAAUUAUGUAAAAAACGUAAUUUUCUUAAAAUUUGUAUAUUUAUCGAAAAAUAGGGAAAAUGAUAAAAAAAAAACAUGUACGAAAUCGAAUUUCACAAAACCGCAACUCGACUGAUAAUAAAAAAUACAUUCACUUGUAAUGCAACAGCAUGUCGUGCGAGCGAAAAAUGACUUUAAAUGUUAAGAACAAGUAUGACUAAUCAAGUAUUUUGUCCCGCAAAAAUUUUCCGAAAUUUCCCGGAGACUUUCUGCGUCGUCGUUGUCCUUGAACGCAUGUUCUCGAGCUUCCACCAACUUGUUAAAGCAAUUUUCCGUUGCAAAGUGGAAUUUCGCCUCCAGUAUAACUCGAGUUCAUAUUGAAACUAUGUACGACAGGAUCGAUAUAAGACAGCAAAUAGUUUUGCGUUUUUACCCAUGUCUUCUAUAGUAAUAUAGAAAUAGAAAUAAGCCGUUAAAAAUUCUACUUUGCAGCCUUCUACAUUGUGGGGAAAUUUCGAGAUGGCUGAUUUUCUAGUCUAGACACGACGAACAAAUAUGUGCGAGCAGUUUCCUCGGUGGAAAUCGAUGAAGCGUCUCAAUAAUUAUCGAUUAAAUGUAGUUAUUAAAGAUUAAUGAAAAAAAGAGGAGUUCAAAACGCGUCGGAGCGAAA